AUGCUGGCGCCACCUACCAAGAGCCAUAACAGCGGUUCCAAAACCAGAGAAGGCCAUCAAGAAGCUUUGAGGAAGAGUGCUGGAAAGGUGUCGGCUGUACGGUUGAAGAUGAAUCCAAAGAAGUGUGCGUUCGGGGUUUCAUCCGGUAAAUUCUUGGGGUUUCAAGUUACACGGCGUGGCAUAGACGUGGAUCCUGAAAAGACUAAGCCAUAA